AUGGGACUCGAUGCGGAGGCCCAGAUCAUCCAGGAUAAGUUGGACAAAUCUACUUUCGAUCUUAUCGAUGUUGACAAAUUCUACAAUACAAAAUUUUCUACUCUCAUGGCAUAUCUCUACAUGUGGUACCUCAUGGUGCUUUCAUGGGUUUUGCUAGGAGCCGAUAUCUACACCUGUUUGUGUAUUCUAGUGUAUCACAGAUGGUCUUCUGCAGAAUAUCAACCGUAUGCCUAUACUUAUGCCAAAUGGAUUUUCACUGGGUGUAUCAUAUUUGAAGUCUGUUUGCUAUGUGUUAGAUGUGUAUGGGGCAUCCGUAUUUCUAGUACAAGGAACAUUGCACUUGUGUAUCUCAAUCCUAUAGCGAGACAGAUGUAUAGUGUUAAGUCCUACAACUACUUCUGUCUCUUCAACCAAAUCAAGACCAACAGCUUCUUCAGAUGGGCCUGUCUUUAUUGUAAUCAAGAAUUGGAUAACUCGUUGCAGAUUUUGGUGGCGGAUACCCCCAGACAAGUGAUUAACAUUUUAACACUUCGUUUCUACGCUACAGGAGGCAACUACAAGCAUUCCAAUAUCUUAAGAAACAUCAAGACCAUCGCCACUACGAAUUUGACACUUGCAGUGAUUCUUUCGUUUAUGUGUUUGUCAUUGAUUAUCUUUGUGUUCUUCUUCUUCAUGUAUCUCUAUGGAAUGAUAUUGUUCUUGCCCGUUUACUUCAAGAUGCACAGCAAGUCAGGGUACUGGUCGCUCAGAAGAUACUGUUGUGAAAUUGUCAACGACUCUGUGCGUCUUUUGGUAGUCAAUAAUCAUAGAUCAAAGCGUGAAUUGUUAGAUAGAGGUAUCUUAGACCAAGCAGCUAUCGAUAGAAACCCAUUGUUGAGAGGAGACACUGCAACCUUGUUUGCUAACAAGGAAUUCUCAACUGAUAUAGACGAGGACUUUAAGUACUCAGCUCGUUCUUUGGAUCGCCCUGGAGCAGUGCACAAGCCUUUGGCCUUCAACACCUACAUUCCUACACCUCCUAAAUCUGGCAGUAUCGACAAAAAGUCUUCGUACGCAAAAGUGCAAACCAGGUCUUACGAAACAUUGUCACUUGAGGAUAGACCAUCACAUUCCUCGUCUAGUGUUGCUCAUAUGGCCAAACCAUAUUCGCAAUCAAGGUACGUUCCAGAGAAU